ACGACGCAUGCGCGGAUUGCGCGGCCUUAAGGGCGGCCGCGGCGGCCGGGCGGGCCCAGUCGGCCUGUCAGCCGGCUUCCGGACGGCUUCGCUCCGCGGCCAUGGCGGCGGAGGAAGAGGAGGUGGAUGCGGUGGACGCCGGGGAGGGGUCAGGAUGGCUAACGGGUUGGCUUCCCACCUGGUGUCCUACAUCGUCGACACACCUUAAAGAAGCCGAAGAGAAAAUGUUAAAAUGCGUCCCCUGCACCUACAAAAAGGAAUUUGUUCGCAUAUCGAAUGGAAAUCGAGUAUGGACACUGAAGUUCUCUCAUAGUAUUUCAAAGACUCCUCUGGUCCUCCUGCAUGGUUUCGGAGGAGGUCUCGGACUCUGGGCCCUGAAUUUCGAAGAUCUUUGCACCGACAGGCCUGUGUACGCUUUCGACCUGUUGGGCUUCGGGCGAAGCAGCAGGCCCAGGUUUGACAGUGAUGCAGAAGAGGUGGAGAAUCAGUUCGUGGAAUCCAUUGAAGAGUGGAGGCACGCCUUGGGAUUGGACAGAAUGAUCGUGCUUGGGCACAACCUGGGGGGGUUCUUGGCUGCUGCGUAUGCACUGAAGUACCCAUCAAGGGUUAGUCACCUCAUUUUAGUGGAGCCCUGGGGUUUUCCCGAGCGACCAGACCUGGCCGAUCAAGACAGACCGAUCCCUGUUUGGAUCCGAGCCUUAGGAGCGGCCCUGACCCCCUUCAACCCCUUAGCUGGCCUCAGGAUCGCAGGGCCCUUCGGGUUAAGUCUGGUGCAGCGCUUAAGGCCUGAUUUCAAGCGGAAGUACUCUUCGAUGUUCGACGAUGACACUGUGACAGAAUACAUCUACCACUGUAACGUGCAGACCCCCAGUGGCGAGAGUGCUUUCAAGAACAUGACAAUCCCCUACGGGUGGGCCAAGAGGCCGAUGCUGCAGCGGAUUGGCAAAAUGGACCCCGCCAUUCCCGUCUCCGUCAUCUUCGGCGCCCGGUCCUGCAUCGACGGCAACUCGGGCACCAGCAUCCAGUCGCUGCGGCCACACUCACACGUGAAGACCAUCGCUAUUCUUGGAGCAGGGCAUUAUGUCUAUGCAGAUCAACCUGAAGAGUUCAACCAGAAAGUGAAGGAGAUCUGCAACACGGUGGACUGAGCACGCAGCCGCAGGUGCAGUGGCAGCCUCUGUGCGAGCAGGUGGUGGGUGGCCCCCCCCCACCAAAUCUCUCCAGCGUCAUCCACGGUCAUGCUGGAGAGCGAGGAAGGCACCCAAGCCCCGCGCCCCUGCCUGUCCUUGAACACGUUUUCCUCCUGGAGUCGUUUGCACACACAAACCAUUAGUGCCUUCCGGAAGAAUGGCUUCCUUCUCUCCUCCUCGACCUGGAAUACACAAGUCUUCAAACUUAGUAGCUUUAAAUAAAAGGUGGUGUGUCCUUUCUGA